AUGAAACCAGCUGUUAUUCAUUUGCCCUUGCAUUUAGAAAACUAUCAGCCUUUGACAUUCAAACGUAAAUCAACAUUGGUUAAUAUUCUGAGUAACUCUGGUCAAAGAAAAACUAUGUUGACUGAGCUUUUUGUUGAAAAUGAUAUUGGAGUUUUAGCAAAAAAGCUUAAGCUCACAUACAAUCAGUUUCCUGAUCAUUUUGUUUGGAAGGGGGAUAAAAAGAUGUGGUCACCCCGGAAAAUAGGCGACUCAAUUGGUCGUAUUGUGAUUGCCCAUCCAACUGAAGGCGAAAGAGAAGCUGCUUUGUUACGUGGUUAUUUACUUGACGAUGCUACUCAACAAUCAAUGGGAAGACGUCUUCAUCAGUUUGAUGUUCUACCCCAAAAUUCAUUUGAUCGGUUGAUGGAAGAUGACACUAGAGGGAUUAAAACAGAAAAAAAUAUUGUUGUUUCCACUGAAGAUUUGGCUGCAAUAUAUACUCUUAAUAAAGAACAGAAGGCCCAGUAUGAGGAUUUACUUCAUUCCUUAACACCAAAUGAGAUAAGCUAUGGAGAAUUUGCUGGAAAAGAGGUAGCUGUUGAUCUUUGCAACUACAAGAUGCAUGGUAUUUCAUUGCUUUUCAAUGAAAAAGGCUGUAACCUACUCACAUGGUAUCGAAACCACACCCCUCUGGAACAGUAUUCAAUCAGGAAGUGACAAAACUUCACCAACAAGAUGAAAUCUAAACAUUAGAUUAGGAGAUUAGGUAGACUAUAUCAUAUAUUUAAAUAUGUAAAGCUUGUAAUGUAUGC